UUACAGAGCAUUGGCACAACUAGAGAGGCAGAACGCCGAGGUCGACCGUAGAUUACUUUGAAACGCUUGAUCCGAUGCUUUUAAGUAUAAUGGAUCUAAGUGCUGUGGCAACACCAGAGCUAUUGAAAUACAACCUGACACUUUUGGUAGAUAUCGCGGGAGAAGUAGGAUUAUUGAUCCACUGACAUCUAUGGACUAUUUUGCCUAUUUUUCACAUGCCAUAAUAUACUUUUUACUUCUAGCCCAAUUUGCCAAAUUGAAAGGGUUAUAAUGGAUAUAAUCAUGCCGGGUCAGAUUUGAUAUCGUUGCAAGCGUUCAAUUCCUACGAGCGGAGCUGGAAGACUGAUACGAUCACCUUCAAGAGAAUCUAAGUCCAUUUGCGUCGACCAGCGAGAAUUUGCGUCCGAACGUCGAGGGGGACAUUGCGAGGUUGUCGCAGCCGUGUGAAGGUUUCUCGGAGUCGAAUCGCCGUCUGAACGAUGGUGUUUGACAAGGAGGAAAGUGUCUCCCUUGUGCCUCUCCAGUCCAAAGGGAAGCCGAGGGUCUGCGCCGGGUGCAACCGGAGGAUCAUGGACCGCUUUAUGCUCGAGGCUCUGGACAGGUACUGGCACGAGGACUGUCUGAAGUGUGCCUGCUGUGACUGUCGCCUGGGUGACGUGGGCUCCACCCUCUACACCAGAGCCAACCUCAUCCUCUGUCACAAGGACUACCUGAGGCUUUUUGGGAUGACGGGGAACUGUGCCGCUUGCAGUAAGGUGAUCCCGGCCUUUGAGAUGGUGAUGAGAGCCAGGGAGAAUGUCUACCACUUGGACUGCUUUGCCUGCCAGCUGUGCAGCCAGAGAUUUUGCGUGGGAGACAGGUUUUUCCUGAAGAACAACAUGAUACUGUGCCAGCUGGACUAUGAGGGGGGGCAUCAGAAUGGAAACUCUGCUGAUCAGGCUCUGUAGGCUCUACUGCUCUCUGCUGGUCAGGCUCUACUGCUCUCUGCUGGUCAGGCUCUCUGCAGGCUCUACUGCUCUCUGCUGGUCAGAGACUAGCUAACGCCAGUGGACACUACUCCCUACCGGUAUCCCCGGACAGUCCUCGUCUCAUCACAUCAGGGUUGUAUUCACUAGGAACCAAAUGGAAGAAGGACCUACACUACAUAGCCAAACGUAUGUGGACACCCCUUCAAAUGGGUGGAUUUGGCUAUUUCAGCCACACCCGUUUGCAGUAGAAUGGCCCGUAGAGCUCAGUGACUUUCAACAUGGCACGUCAUAGGAUGCCACAUUUACAACAAGUCAGUUUGUCAUAUUUCCGCCCUGAUAUGGCGUGUCUUGAAGAUUCUGUGCUUCCAAAUUUGUGGCAACAGUUUGGGGAAGGCCCUUUGCUGUUUCAGCAUGACAAUGCCCCCAUGCACAAAGCAAGAUCCAUAGAGAAAUGGUUUGUUGCGAUCGGUGUGGAAGAACUUGACUGGCCUACACAGAGCCCUGACAUCAACCCCUUCGAAUACCUUUGGGAUGAAUUGGAAUGCAGACUGCGAACCAGGCCUAAUCGCCCAACAUGCUCUUGUGGCUGAAUGGAAGCAAGGCCCUGCAGCAAUGUUCCAACAUUUAGUGGAAAGCCUUUCCAGAAGAAUGGAGGCUGUUAUAGCAGCAAAGGGGGUCCCCAACUACAUAUUAAUGCCCAUGAAGUUGGUAUGAGAUGUUUGACGAACAAAUGUUCACAAACCUUUGGCCAUGUAGUGUACUUGAACUUUUUCAAUAAGAAACUCUUGUUUAUGUUGCAAAAUGUUUUGCUACAGUGUGCUAAUGAAUACACCCCAACUGACAGUUGUGGACAGUGUAGGAUUAUGCGCCCAGGUCCUGAUGCUCAGCGACAACGGUGAUGCCACUUUGCCUUGACUUCUGCUAUGCUUACUGUCCUUGACGGUAGACUCACCACAGAGUUAUUAGCGAAUGAAGCGGCCUUGUGCAUGAUAUAUUGCUCUCAUUGACUGAAACGAGAACUAAUGAGCAUUGCCGUGCUCAUUUUUUUUUUUAAAGGUAAAAGAAGUUCAAAGCCAUAUGUUUUGGACUCUAUUAUUAAAGCUGCAUUAUGUUACGUGUUGGGCGACCUGACCAAAUUCACAUAGAAAUGGGAGUUAUAGAUCUGUCUUUGCAUUGAAAGCAAGUCUAAGAAGUGGUCGAGCUGUUUGAUGUGCACAAUUUUUUAUUUUUUUUUGCUUCCCAUUAAGUUUUUUUUUUUUGCAUCUUUUACGUUUGGUUUUGUACACCAGUUUCAAACAGUUGAAAAUACAAUAUUUUUGGUCAUGGAAAAUGUUUCCAGCGGUUUAGAUGGUACAAUGAUUUUGCUACAGUAUACUUGCUUGAUUUGUCGUUAACUUUUAGAAUUUUAUCAAUCAGGAAAUGGCGGAGCCAAUUCCGCAUAGUUCACCUUGAAUGGUUCUGCCAAAAUCAUGGCUAAGGAGAAAGGCACAGCACUCAUUUGUUUGUAAGGGGGCAAGCUGCCUCUGUUUACAAUAGGCAGGUCCACUGGUAUUGCUGCUAAUGAGUUCUGAUGUAUAGACCCUUUUUAAAAGGGUAAUAACUAACAUGCUCUAAUCUCUGAAGAUAUUUGUUUUUAAGUUACCUUUAUGAACAGCAGUAUGAUUUAUGUUUGCACAGCUUUUGACUUUCAAUAAAGACAUUUUAUUUGAGCACUCAUGUAUUCACCACUCACACUAGUUACUUAUAGCUGGAU